ACAAAAGGGGUUUUUAUAAAAACACAAACACAUCCCCGGCUGUCGAAGUACUCAGGGAAUACACUACAGUCACUGACUCCACCCGCAAUAACUUUGGGACUAAAACAAAGAGCGAGACGAGUUAUUUAAGGAUCAAACUGCGUCAGUAAACAUGGCUCUGAAGAGAAUAAACAAGGAACUACAGGAUCUGCAGAAAGACCCUCCAGCUCAGUGCUCUGCUGGACCAGUGGGGGAUGAUAUGUUUCAUUGGCAGGCAACCAUAAUGGGUCCGUGUGACAGUCCUUACCAAGGAGGAGUUUUCUUUCUCACAAUCCACUUCCCCACUGACUACCCGUUCAAGCCACCAAAGGUAGCGUUUACAACAAAGAUUUAUCACCCAAACAUAAACAGCAAUGGGAGCAUCUGUUUGGAUAUUCUCCGAUCACAGUGGUCUCCAGCACUAACGGUGUCGAAAGUUCUAUUGUCUAUAUGUUCACUGCUUUGUGAUCCCAACCCAGACGACCCCUUAGUUCCAGACAUAGCACAAAUCUACAAGAGCGACAAAAGCAGAUACAACAAAAUAGCAAAAGACUGGACCACCAAGUAUGCCAUGUGAAGAAAAGAAAUAUUCAAAGAUAAAAAAACAAAAACAUGCUGAGAUUUUUUUUCUUUUUCAUUCCUUUUUUAAAGUCACAACACACUGUAAAUUAAAGUAUCAAAUCAUUUCGUAAUCUUAGGUAACUUCCAUCAAACCUAACAGUCAUCAACAUUAUUAUAAGUCUGACUCCAUGACAUGUAUGAUUCUUGUUUUUCAAAGUUAGCUGAAGUUCUUCAAAGAUUGUCUUAAGUCAUUGUUUUCAUACUUUGACAUUUUAAAAAUUGUGUUAUUUUUGCAUCAAGGACAUUUUGACUGAUAAUGCACAUUCUUUACCAAUGCUUUUUGGAAUUAUUCAGCCAGUGAAUUAUGUGACUGAAAUCGCAUUAUACUUGUGCAACAAGCCCGUUUUGUUUUAUAAAGGAGCUGAUUCAUAGCACAGUAUGAAGGCAUGGGUCUUAAGCUGGCUACACACUAGACGAUUUCUUAAAUCUGAACUGAUUUUAAAGACGUGGGAGACCAACAGACACAAUUGAAUCUAUUUCUAACAUUAUAAUCCUCAAAAAGCACAUGUUAUAGUGUAAACAGAUGGUUUAGCCUCAGGACUUACCCCUGCCUUUGUGAUGAGCUUUAAAACUUUUUAGAAACGUUUAGAAAGCCGUUUAUACCAGAGACGGAACAAAGCAUCACAGCGUGCUUGAAAAAGAAAGCCCACGUCAUGUGUUUGGUGUCAUGCUUAUUUAUGUCACACUGCUAAACUGGCUGUAUAAAACUAAAUGUUAAACUUCUGUUGUUUUCAGUGAGGAAUGGCAGCCAGGACAGAUUUCAUAGAAAUGCGUGAUCAAACGUGAUUUCAGAAGGAAACAUGGAGAACCAUCAGCAAUAGCUGGCUGUCCUGACAUCUUUCUGAUCAUGCAGUGAAAACAAAAAUGCGUAAGAAUACAGUGUAAAUAAUUUGGAUGGUGAUGCUUCCCAGUCAGCUUGCUUACCGUAUUUUCCAGACUAUAAGUCGCUCCGGAGUAUAAGUCGCAUCAGUCAAAAAAUGCGUCGUGAAGAGGAAAAAAAACAUAUAUAAGCCACACUGGACUAUAAGUCGUUAUUUAGAAACUGACACACCGUUGUCCGUGCUCUGACAUAGAGGUGGUUGCGUUUUGUGAAGCGCUAACACCAAGAAGGCCCGCCUGCAAAGUCAUUUAUAUUCCUCUCCUUGGCAACUACCAGAGUGUGGAGAUGUUACUGCAUCGUUGACAAGCCUUUCCCAGCAGCACGGUGUUCAAGCACCCAUCUGUGUACUUGUUCCUCCAGCUCUGGCCAUCUUCCUUACAGCCCGCGAUCAGCUUUCUUUGUUUUCUUCAUUGCAAUAAGAGUAACCUCUCCUUUUUGCCAGUCCCUCACAAGUUUCUCACUCACUCUAAACUUUCUUUCUGCUGCUCGAUUACCUUUUUCAUUUAUUUAUUCAGUGGUACAGGAGCAUAUAGCAUAUAUUUGUCACCAUGGUUGUCACAAGCCUAGAGUGCCCUCUUGCGGCUGUAGACGGUAAUGUUUACUCCUUGUGCACGUCAGUCAGUAUGAAUUAACAUGAAAAACAUGUUAAAUUAUAUACAUUUUGAUAUAUAAGUCGCACCUGACUGUAAGUCGCAGGACCAGCCAAACUAUGAAAAAAAGUGCGACUUAUAGUCCGAAAAACACGGUAUUUGCUUUUGUCGAGGCAGCUCAUUCUGGAGUCGAUUCGAGGCCUGGAAAGCUCUGGCCCAUUCAGGAGUUGUAAACUAAUUCUAUUCACUCAACAAGCUCAAGGAUUACUUGAAAAAAACUGCUGCGAAAAGCUUAAAAUCAGGCGAAUGUAGGCUAAAAUCGUAUUUCAAUCGUCUAUUGUGUAGCCAGUCUUAGCCAAACUGCAGCUCCAUAAAUAAACUCCCAGGUUUAGAUAGAAACUGACUGAAUUUUUAAAAUGUGACCAAACUCCUCAUUUUGACACGUCUGUGAAACUGAAAAGAUUUAAAAAUGCAGCUUCACCUGACCUUCAUUUGGUGGGUGAUCAAGGGGUCUGUUGAGUACUUUUGUAGCAAGUCAAAUAAAAUGAUGUUCUGUUAAAGUUGAAAUGGAAAAACGGGAGCAAUUACAAGUUAUGUAUGACUGUGUUCUUCAUCUCUUAUUAUUGUUAUUAUCUUUGUUUUUAUUAACAAUAUUAUUAAUAAUAAUUGUAUAGUAUUAAAAACCCUCUGGAACUCUAGUAUUGUUUUACUUUGUUUCAUUUAUAAUAGAGCCAUCACAACAUUUAAACCCUGUAGAGGAUAGCUGUUGGAUUUACACAGGAUAAAAGGUCAGAUAUUUACCUCAUUAAUCGUGUUUCUAAAGACUGAGUUUGUUCCCCUGUUUGUUACAUUUAAGAAAGGGUAAAAUCAGACUUUUUGCUGCUGUGUUUCUCUUGUGUCUCAGAGGCCUGAGUGGCACCUUUUGUACUGAAUUAAAGACUGGUGGGUUGUUUUAUCAUCA